CUUGAGAAAUCGUUCCAUGGAAGCUCCGCGAAAGUUCUGGUUCCAUCGUCUUCCUCCUUCCUCCGCUAUAAAAUCGCCAUUCAUGGAUCCCUGUAAAUGCAUCGGAAAGAAAUUUAACACCAGCAGUUCUCAAUUGUUCAUUACAAUCCUCUAAAUCAUCAUUCAUCGGAAAUUCGAUUUCCAAUUAGUAAAAUGUCUCUGAUUCCAAGCAUCUUCGGAGGUCGCCGGAACCACGUUUCCGACCCGUUCUCUCUCGAUUUCUGGGACCCCUUCCAGGGAUUCCCGUUCUCAAAUGCCGUCAGCACGCCGAGCGAGACGUCGGCGUUCGCGAACGCGCGGAUAGACUGGAAGGAGACGCCGGAGAGCCACGUGUUCAAGGCGGAUCUGCCGGGGCUGAAGAAGGAGGAGGUGAAGGUGGAGGUGGAGGAAGGGAGGAUUUUGCAGAUCAGCGGGGAGAGGAGGAGCGAGAAGGAGGAGAAGAGCGACAAGUGGCACCGCGUGGAGCGGAGCAGCGGCAAGUUCCUGCGGCGGUUCCGGCUGCCGGAGAACGCGAAAUUGGAGCAGGUGAAGGCGUCGAUGGAGGACGGAGUGCUCACCGUGACGGUUCCCAAGGAGGAGGUGAAGAAGCCGGAGAUCAAAUCCAUUGAGAUCUCCGGCUAGACGGCCGGUGUGAUAUAUUCAUGAGAUUUCUGUGUGUUUUUGGGCGAAUAAUAAGGAAUUAGGAAUGGU